AUGGCGAAUAGAUUCGGCGCAUCUUCCCUCCACCAACGCGAUCCGCGCAGUACGCUUUUUGAAAAUUAUAAUGGAGGGCCGAGUUUGAGUGCUGGGGGGCAGGGGAGGAAUGGCGGUGCGAGUGGGAGUGGGAGUGGGAGUCGAGGGGCAAGUCCGGCGCCGAGGGGGUAUGGAUAUACGGGGGGUGGAGGGGGAGUAGGGGGUUAUGAUGGGAGAGGAGGGGGGUAUGGGGAGAGGGAGGUGGAGGAUAGAAGUGCAAGUGGUGCGGGGUUUAGAUCGGCGACGCCGAAUACUAGAGGCCAGUAUAGCGAUGCGGUACUCAACGAGCUCGAGAGUCAGAAUGACGAUCAGGUCGAGGGAAUUAUGGGGAAGGUUCGGCAACUGAAAACCAUGACGAUAGCCAUCGGCGACGAAAUCCGCGACUCUUCAGCCCUGGCCGAGAAAAUGAACGAUAAUUUUGAAGGCGCAAGGGUACGCAUUCGAGGAACGAUGAAUCGAAUGUUGAUCAUGAGUCAGAAGACGGGGGUGAGUUGGAAGAUCUGGUUGUUGUUUUUUGCGGCGGUGGGGGGGCUUUUCUUUUGGGUUUGGGUUUUUUUGAUGAGGAGAGGAGUGGAAUGGAAUGGAAAGAUGGGAAUGGGUGAGGAAGGAGGGGGAGAGAGAUGA